AUGGAAACAUCUUCAGUCCUCCUUGUGUGCUUUCUGGUGACAUGUUCAGGUCUCUUCACAGUCUGGACAGUCCACAGUGGAAGCUUCAAGGUCAGCAUUGAUGACCAGGAGCAGGUUGACAUGGUCAUUUCGUUGAAGGCCAGCAAGCUUCCAGGUGUGUGCUGGGCGUGCAACUGGGCUUUAAAGAAGGUGAAGAAACUAGCUGGACGUAACGCCACUGUGGAGAAACUGACUUCAAUGUUGAAUUCCAUCUGCGACCAAAUUGGCCUCUUAAAAUCUCUGUGCCGCAAGUUUGUGAAGAAGACACACCUACCAGAACUAGUUGAGGAGCUCACGACCACUGAUGAUGUGAAAACGAUCUGUGUCAAUACUGGAGCCUGCAAGCCAAAGGAGUUGUUGGACCUGCACUUCUAUCGAAUGGACGAGGAGUCAUCAACUGAAAUGAAUGAAUAUCCCUGAUAUCGUAUGCAUGGACAAUAAUUAAGGUGCACUUAAUUUGUA